GAGACAUUUGCAUCAUUAUAACGGGGAUAAUAGGAGUACAAAUAAUUUUUCCUUCUCAUAAUGUAUUAUUUUUAGUUUUCUGAUUUCAUCCAGGCUGAAAAAUCAAACAAACAAAAAAACACGUAUCAGGUUUCUCAGUCUGGCCAAACUAAAGUUCAGCUGGUUUAUUGGGUUGCCAAGCUUGUAAUAUCAGCUGAAAAAUUGCUAACAGAGACCAGUAAAUACCAGCAAAACCAACGUAGGCUGCUUUAAUUUUUUGUUUGUUUUGCCAACAGGAUACAACAAUAACAGGAAAAUUGCAGCUCAGGUACUGUAUGCAGUAUUAUAAGUUGUAUUUUAUGUGAUGUUACUGGUUUUCAUUUAUUUGUAUGUGUCAGGUUUAUGAUUAGAGAAAUAAAUAAUAAUAAUUUAAUGAAUAAACUACAAAUUGAACAAUACUUUUAAUCCAAGCCAAUGCACUAGGACCCUGGGGAAGCUCAUCUGUGUUGUAUAGAUACAGUAGGAGAAAUUCCAUUUGUCAUCUUCUAAAACUUAAACAAGGAGGGGGGAAACACAGCCCUUUCUCUGGCCGAGGGGCUUCUGAAAGUGCUCCGAAAAAACCCACAAGAUCUUGGGAGUCUCCACGUGACAGCAGCGCCUAUAUAGCAUCAGCACCAGUAGAGUGAUACUCCAUCACCAGCCGAGCACUGCAGCAUAUGCCACAGUUACACACACACACAUCCUCAUGCACCUCAAGGGUUUAUUCUAGAGCUUUUGCAUACUAUUGCAUCCAUGUGUUUUCUCACUCUGUCUAGGGGACGAAAGGACUAAACUUUUCCUGCGAGAGGGAUGCUGGAUGUUCCAAGUCCACUUUGGCAGUCGGAAGGAACUUGAUGUAUAGGCAAAGUUUCUCUUUUUUUGGACUGGACUCACGCAGGUAUAUUUCUUUCGCUCUGUGCAUCUACUUUUGAGGGCACCCAUCUCGUCUCGUGCGCUUUUGGAGAUUCGCUAAUUCCUUCAGUCGUUUUGAAUGAAAUAGUUCACUGGCAAACACAUUGAUCCAUCAAGGUUUAUGUUUUAGUCAAAGAAGCUCAAGAUAGAAGCUUUUUCUUUCUCCACAGACAUUAACGAGACACUUUUUUGUGUGUAAAAAGCACGUUUCGCUCUCUAAUAUGACAUCAACCGGUGGUGAGAAAUGGUGUUUUCUCUAUGUGUGACACAACCGAGUCCGGACUCCUCAACUCCCUGCUCUUCUGUGGAAAAAUAUACAUAUUGAAACCUCAUAUACGGACCUUGAAGGCUCGCGGCGAGUACCUUUGACGCUUUCUACCGUGAGUCGGGACAAUCAUACAGCCGCCCAGAUGCAGUUUCGUCUGUUCUCAUUUGCGCUGAUCGUGUUGAACUGUGUGGACUACAGCCACUGUCAGACGCAGCAGUCUCACCGCUGGAGAAGAAACAAAAGAGAUGUUUCGUCCACUUCUACUAAACCUAGCUAUGGAGCGUAUCCCAUUUGUAAAGGCUGCUCGGUGUGUUCAAAGGACAACGGAUGUAUGAACUGCCAGCCCAAGCUCUUCCUGUUUCUGAGGAGGGAGAGGAUGAGGCAGUACGGCGAAUGUCUCCACGCCUGUCCUUCAGGCUACUACGGCAUGCGCGGGACAGAGAUCAACAUGUGCUCCAGGUGUAGGAUAGAUAACUGUGAGGCCUGCUUUAGCAAAGACUUCUGCACAAAGUGCAAGCCUGGUUUUUACUUGCACAAGGGCCAUUGCUUCGAAAAGUGUCCGGAGGGCUUUGCUCCCCUGGAGGAUAGCAUGGAGUGCGGAGAAGGUUGUGAGGUGGGCCAGUGGAGUGAGUGGGGGACCUGCGCCAGAAGAAACAAGACCUGUGGUUUCAAGUGGGGUCUGGAAACCCGAACACGACAUAUUGUGAAGAAGCCACCAAAGGACACAAUACCAUGUCCAACCAUCGCCGAAUCCAGGAGAUGCAAAAUGGCUAUGCGACAUUGCAGGAGAGGGGGUUCGGGGAAGGGCCACCGGACCAAAGAGCCGAAGAAGAAGUCCAACAAGCAGAGGCUGCGCUUCCGGGCCCAGAACCAACACAGCGACCACCUCGCCUCUAUUCGGGCCGGCCAGUAGAAAAAAAAAAGACUUUACGAUGGAACAAAGACCAUAAAGCUGCUAGCCACGCUCCACACACACAUACCCUGAUGAGAUCACACACACACACACACACACGCAUCCAAACGGGAUUAUCCACAUUUAUGUGGUCACACUGUGUCUCUGUGCCUCCUGCUGCUUCCCUCACCGGUGACACGUCCCCCCCGACCCAUGACCCCACUGUGAUAUCAUGGAACACUACAGCAGCUGUUCAUAUAGCUCAUAUCUCGUCCUAUUUGAGGAGAAAGAAGAGAGAGACUGAGCUGGAAGCACAGAAAGCCCGGGCAUGGAGACCUGGAGGAGUCGAACGAGCACAGACUGGAGCAGAAGAGAUUGGAAAGGUUACUCAAAUGUGAUUGACUGAUUAUGAUGCCCUGAAAAACAAGAGAGAGACUUAUCUGUAUUUAUGUACAAUUUAAAGCAUUCCCCUUCCUUAAGAAUCAAGGCAGAGGGCAUCAUGUAUGGCCUUUCUUGUCAAAUAGGUACUUUGUUGUUUCUCAUAGCAAUGUUGCAAUCCACGCAUAGUUGCGAAAUUAUUAUUCUCAGCACAAGAUGUUUACGUCCAGACCGCUUUAUGCUUUAACUGUAUAUUGUGGGUAAGAAUCUUAGUUGUUCAACUAGCAUGGCCACAAACUCAUGUGUACAUAGUCGGUGAGUUUAUCUAGUAAAGGUAACAUUGAUGAUAAAUAUAAAAAAAAAACCUUACUGUAUUUUCAGUAUUGACACUUCAGCGUUUAAAUGUGUAAAGGGUUAUAAUACCAGCUACAGUUAAAUGAAUUUAAAAAGAACAAAAAAGCUAAAUAAAAAACAUAGCCUUCACAUAGCUAUUACAUUUAUAUGGUAUAUAAUUGAUUUAUUUAUUGAUUCUUUUUUUUAUUUUUUAUUAUUAUUAUUAUUUUUUAUGUUUGGUGAAGAUGAUGUCUCUGUACCUAAUACUCCUCAGUGCUGAAGUAUUCUUUCAACCACUUAUAACAAUACAAAAUAUCUCUAACAGUGGAAACCGAUUGUGUCCGAUUUGCUGGUAAAUGUUCCUCAGAAAAUCACUGUGUAAACCUGGUUUAACAUCUUGUACUUUAUGUUGAGCACACAUCCUGCAGCAGCUGAAGUAUAUCGUCAACUGAUUGAUAAUGUGUAUAUUGUGUGCUAUUAAAACGCAGUUCAUGUUGCA